AAAAAUUCCUGUUCCUCUCUCUCUUAUCUCUCUUUAUUGCUACCACAGGCACCCUUUCUCUUCCUUUCAUUCCUCUUUUCAGGAUUCAGGAACCGGCUCUUUGGUGUCUUUGGUGCUUACGAAGUGUGGUUUAUAUGUAAGAGUUUGGAUCAAGUGAAGGGAAGAGAAUUAGUACAAGAUUGCUUAACGGGAUCUGAUAAACAGUCUGUUGGUUUACUAGAGACACUUAAAAUGGAGAGGGUCAGAACAAUUCUGACUCAUAGAUAUCCUUACCCACAUGAGCAUUCCCGUCAUGCAAUUAUUGCUGUAGUUGUGGGUUGCCUCUUUUUUAUCUCGUCUGAUAAUAUGCAUACUCUUAUACAGAAGUUAGAUAAUAAUAUUAAAUGGUGGUCAAUGUAUGCCUGUUUGCUUGGUUUCUUCUAUUUCUUUUCAUCUCCAUUUAUAGGGAAGACAAUUAAGCCGAGCUAUUCAAAUUUUAGUCGGUGGUAUGUAGCCUGGAUUUUAGUGGCAGCUAUUUAUCAUCUUCCUAGUUUUCUAUCAAUGGGAGUGGAUAUGAGGAUGAAUCUUUCUUUGUUUUUGACAAUAUAUGUCUCAUCCAUCCUGUUUCUUCUUGUUUUCCAUAUUAUGUUUCUUGGCCUUUGGUAUAUUGGUCUUGUUGCACGUGUUGCUGGAAAGAAGCCAGAGAUCUUGACCAUCAUUCAAAAUUGUGCUGUUCUAAGUAUAGCCUGCUGUGUAUUUUAUAGUCAUUGUGGUAAUCGUGCUAUUUUGAGACAAAGACCAUUUGAGAGAAGGAAUUCCGGUUGGUUUUCUUUUUGGAAGAAAGAAGAGAGAAACACAUGGCUUUCAAAAUUCACCCGCAUGAAUGAGUUGAAAGAUCAGGUCUGCUCAUCUUGGUUUGCUCCAGUUGGUUCUGCCAGUGAUUACCCGCUUUUGUCCAAGUGGGUUAUUUAUGGGGAGUUGGCUUGUACUGGCUCAUGUCCUGGUUCAUCAGAUGAAAUCUCUCCCAUAUACUCAUUAUGGGCUACAUUUAUAGGCCUCUAUAUUGCCAACUAUGUGGUGGAAAGAUCAUCAGGAUGGGCUCUUACUCACCCUUUGUCAGUUAAAGAUUAUGAGGAGUUGAAGAAAAAGCAAAUGAAGCCUGAUUUCUUGGAUAUGGUCCCUUGGUAUUCGGGAACAUCAGCUGAUCUUUUUAAGACAGCUUUUGACCUCCUGGUAUCAGUAACUGUGUUUGUUGGUCGCUUUGACAUGCGCAUGAUGCAGGCGUCAAUGAACAAGGCUUGCGAUGGAGUUCCGCAUGGAGAUAUUUUGUACGAUCAUUUUAGUGAAAAAGAAGAUCUGUGGUUUGACUUCAUGGCUGAUACUGGUGAUGGUGGAAACUCAUCCUAUACUGUGGCACGAUUACUUGCUCAGCCUUCCAUUCGGCUCAAUACUAAGGAUUCCUUUCGUGUCCUACCACGUGGAGACUUACUACUUAUUGGAGGGGAUCUUGCGUACCCUAAUCCGUCAGCAUUCACAUAUGAAAGGCGCCUGUUUUGCCCUUUUGAAUAUGCUCUCCAGCCUCCUCCAUGGUAUAGAGUAGAGCACAUAGCUGUAAACAAGCCAGAGGUACCUUGUGGGCUGUCUGAACUGAAGCAAUAUGAGGGGCCUCAGUGUUUUGUUAUUCCUGGAAACCAUGAUUGGUUUGAUGGACUUCACACUUUCAUGAGGUACAUAUGUCAUAAGAGCUGGUUAGGUGGGUGGUUUAUGCCUCAGAAGAAGAGUUAUUUUGCUUUGCAACUCCCUAAAAGAUGGUGGGUAUUUGGUCUGGAUCUAGCACUCCAUGCUGAUAUUGAUGUGUAUCAAUUCAAGUUCUUUGUGGAAUUAAUUAAGGACAAGGUUGGAGAAAAUGACUCUGUAAUCAUUAUGACACAUGAACCAAAUUGGCUUCUGGAUUGGUACUGGAAUGAUGUUUCUGGAAAAAAUGUCUCACACCUUAUAUGUGAUUAUCUGAAAGGAAGGUGUAAACUUCGAAUGGCUGGUGACCUACAUCAUUAUAUGCGCCAUUCAUCUGUUUCAUCUGAUAAACCAGUUUAUGUGCAGCAUCUACUUGUAAAUGGUUGUGGUGGAGCGUUUUUGCAUCCCACCCAUGUCUUCAGUAAUUUCAAUGAACUUUAUGGAGCUUCAUAUAAAAGUGAGGCUGCUUAUCCUUCUUUUGAAGAUUCAAGCAGGAUUGCAUUGGGAAAUAUUUUGAAGUUCCGAAAGAAGAAUUGGCAGUUUGAUUUCAUUGGUGGCAUUAUAUAUUUUGUAUUGGUUUUUUCUAUGUUUCCACAGUGUAAGCUUGAUCACAUCUUGCAAGAUGAUUCAUUUUCUGGUCACUUGAGGAGCUUCUUCAGUACAAUGUGGGAUGCUUUUAUGUAUAUGCUGGAACACUCUUAUGUAUCAUUAGCAGGUGCUAUGCUGUUGCUAAUGGCAGCAAUUAUAUUCGUCCCGCCCAAACUAUCACGAAAGAAACGGGUAAUAAUUGGAAUUCUUCAUGUUUCUGCCCACCUGGCUGCAGCACUAGUUCUCAUGUUGCUGCUGGAACUGGGUGUUGAGACAUGUAUCCGGCAUAGACUACUAGCAACCUCAGGCUAUCAUACUUUAUAUCAAUGGUACCGAACAGUGGAGAGUGAACACUUUCCGGAUCCCACAGGCCUUCGAGCUCGUAUAGAACAAUGGACAUUUGGUCUUUACCCGGCAUGUAUCAAGUACCUCAUGUCUGCAUUUGAUGUUCCAGAGGUCAUGGCUGUAACCAGGAGCAACAUAUGCAAGAAAGGAGUGUUGUCGCUCUCCAGAGGGGGUGCUGCUAUAUACUAUGCUUCAGUCUUCCUCUAUUUUUGGGUUUUCUCUACUCCAGUUGUAUCUUUAGUGUUUGGAAGCUACUUGUACAUCUGCAUCAACUGGCUUCACAUUCACUUUGAUGAAGCCUUCUCAUCACUCCGCAUUGCUAAUUACAAGUCUUUCACCCGAUUCCAUAUCAAUCGUGAUGGUGACCUUGAAGUUUUCACUCUUGCAGUUGAUAAGGUGCCAAAGGAAUGGAAACUGGACCCAGACUGGGAUGGAGAACAGCCAAAGCAGCUUAGCCACCUUAGAAAAUUUCCUAGCAAGUGGAGUGCAGCUACUCCUCAGCAGGACCCAUUAGCCACUGUUCGGAUUGUUGACCACUUUGUUAUUCAACAAACGGGGAAACCUGAUUUGGAGACAAGAACUGGGCCAGUUACUCAUUGACCUGGGCGUUAGAAAUUUGUAACAUCAUUGUAAUGUUCAUAUAUUUUUUUUUUUUUCUAGAAGCAAUGGAAAAAAAGAAAAGGGAAAUAGUAGUGUUGUAUGGUAUGGAAAUGAUUCCAUCUUGAAUACAUUUUCUGUGGUGGUUUGCAGUCUCUGGAAAUCAGAGAGUGAGGGCACUGCAUUUUGAUUAGUCCUGCAUGGGUGCUGAUGCAUGCUCACUGUAAAGAUUGUAUGAUCUACCAAUUCAUUGUUCAAUUUGUGUCAGGGUGUUGCCACCCUAAUACCCUUGGAAGGAACUACAGAAAUGACUUAUUCCUGCUAAAAAAAUAUUUUUACUUCUAGUUUU